UGAGCCGUAUAUCAUGUCCCCUUCCCAGCGUUUUGCUCUUUUUAUCCAGACACUUAACUAUUAUAUUCAACGUGCGCUCUCCCCUGCAAUAGAUGCCAGUCUUCGUCAUGUCUUUCAUGAGUUAAUACGCUCAUAAGAUGAAUAUCGAUGGAGAAGAAAAUGAAAGUGUGCCAGUUUUAGUUUUUGAUAAUUUUACAAGUAGUUACAACGGAACGAUCUCUCAAGAGCAAGCCCAGGAAUGGAUAGUCGCCGCUUAUUUUGCUCUGCAAGCCUGCGGCGGUGUUCUAAACGUGCUUCAUAUUUUAGCAUUAAUAAGAAGCAGGAGAAACGGCAUUUUAUCCCUAAUCCUGCAAAUUUCAUUCGCCGACUUGGCCGCUCAGUACGUGGGAGCGACCGAAAUCCUGACUCUGCGCCACCAAAGCUGGUAUUUGUCCCCGGAAUUUUGCCCCUUUUUCAAAGGGACCGAGGUCCUGGUGAACACUCUAACAAUCUACUUGAUAAUCUGCUUUAAUUUUCACGUCAUUUCCCUCUGGAAUUUGCACGAAACGCACGGGAAAAAAAGCAACAAGAACCCGCUCACGUCAUGCGACAAAGACGACUCCAAUGAGUGUCUCGUCACCAAGCAGGAAAACGCAAAUCGGCUGGUGACCAUUGAUUACAGCAAACGCAAAGACGACGUCUCGAUCGUCUUCCCGGUCAUUUUCGUGUGGAUUGUGAGCCUGUCGCUCAGUGUUCCGAAUUUUACCCUGGCGUCGACGCUCAAACUCAAGCAAAAUUACACGCUGUGUGCGGUCAUAGACUCUUAUUAUGGACAAGUUUUGCAACACUCGCUUGUGAUUUUUAAAAUUGCCCUGCCGGUGUUGUUACUCUUUUUGUCCCUCGUUAUCCUAACAAUCAAACUGACGCAAACUUCGACCAGCGACAUCGAAAAUGUGCUAACGAAGCAAAUGUGCGAAAUUCGGAAACUCUUGAUUUUUGGAAUAAUUCUCACGAUUGGCUAUUUCCUGACUACGUUUCAAAGACAGUUUUUGCACUUCAUCCACGUGCUUUCGCACACUUUUGGGAAAAACACAGUCAAUAGUUUCAAAAUGCCGCCACUGUAUAACAAUUAUUUAAGUGAAACAAACAUCACCUACCUUGCGAUGCUACACUACUUUGGCUGCUCGCUCCGAAGUGUUUUAUGCCUCGUGUUGUUACCGAAAUUUCCGUAUUUAAUCAGGAGUAAGGUUUUUACUUGUUGUAAAAUAAAAGAGUGAAAUAAAAAAUUAAGAACUGUU